GACAAUGGUGGACAAAGAGAAGAAGCGCUUCCAUGAGAUGGCCGAAAAGGAUAAGGCGCGGUAUGAGAUGGAAAUGUCAAAUUAUGUACCCCCCAAGGGCACAGUAGUUGGGCGUGGCAAGAAGAGGAAAAUGAUUAAGGAUCCGAAUGCGCCGAAAAGAUCAUUAUCUGCAUUCUUCUGGUUUUGCAAUGACGAACGCAACAAAGUUAAGGCUGCGAAUCCAGAAUAUGGCGUUGGCGAUAUUGCCAAGGAACUUGGUCGUAAAUGGUCCGAUGUGGAUCCAGAGGUUAAACAGAAGUACGAGCUAAUGGCUGAGAAGGACAAGGCGCGCUAUGAGCGGGAAAUGACCGAGUACAAAACCAGCGGGAAAAUACCGAUGUCCGCCCCCUCAAUGCAAGCACAAGCCGCUGCAGCGCAGAAAGCCGCGUUACUAGCUGCCAGUGCACAACAGCAUGAGGAGCAUGGCGAUGAUGAUGGCGAUGGCGAUGAUGAUGAAAAUCAAUAGAUUUAAGAAACCACACAAAAAAAAAUUAUAAAAAACAACAAAAACAAAACAAAGGAGCAUAAGAUAAAAACAAAAACAAAAAAAUGAAAGAAUUAAUUUUCCACAAAAAAUGGAACUUAUAGAACGUAAUUUUUAAGUGAUUAAAGAAAGAAAUACUGAAUGAGAUAAGAACAACAAACAGAAAGCAAACAAAAAAAAAAA